AUGGGGUCAAGAAAAAGAAACGGCAAUAUAAACGAAGGCGGCGAGAGGUGUGAAGGGGAAAGGUCGAUCGAACAACGAAGGAAAAGGGGAUACGGGACCAACGAAAUCCGAUGGCGAGAAGGAUGCUCGCAGGCGCGCGGCUGCUACUCCGGACGUCUUGGCCGAUCACGAAGAUGGAGACGGCUCCGGUGCUUGGCCGAACCAAAUGAGGGGAAGAGACGAAAUCAGCAAGGCUCUCUCUUUCUCGUCCGGCGAUUGCAGUCUCAUCGCACCAUAGAGGCAUGCUCCGGUGGUCGACUAGAUCGAAGAAAAGGAACGGUCCAUGGGUGUCGCCAGCAGCAGCAGCGACGAGGUGAGACCUUUAGAGUUCUGGGGUUGUUGGGAACCGAAGAUGAAGAAGGCGAGGGCAAAGGAGGCCUCGGUGGUGUUUGCUCGACAAUCACGAUGUCUCGCCCUCGUUUUGGCAGUUCCGAUCAAGUAAUCAACAAUAGGAAAGAAGGAAGAACGAGGGAUGCUGCUACUCCAUGGCAUAACUCUACGUUAAAAUUCUUGUUUUUUCUGUGAUUUUUUUGUUCAACAGAGAUUGAAUGGAAGUUUUAUGAGUAUAAAACCAUACUUGAAGAAACAUUGGUAUAGGUGGUUUUUGUGGUAGUUUUUUUUUCCAGUGAUUUCUUUGUUCAACAGAGAUUGAAUGGAAGUUCUUAUGACUAUAAAACCAUACUUGUAUAAACAUUGGUAUAGAUAGUUUUUGUGGUAAA